UAGGACAAUCAUUUCCGGCUCCAGUGUCCCACGUGAGUGUUGCAUCGGCAGCGCCUGAGGCCUCUUUGCAAAAUCGGAGGGCACAGAUCCGGUACUUGCCUUUACAGAAGAAUCUGGCAGAGGAGGAAGGCGAUUCACUGGUCUUUGUGGAGGAUGUUCAGAGAGGAAGGGAGGAUGAGGGGAGAGCCAGAAUCAGUUGGUCGAGAAGCAAGAAAAGACUCUGAUGGCACCAAGGCUGGAAGCAAAAGGGAACUGUGGGAAGGCACCAUGCAGAACAGCCUGGAAACAGAUUUUCCCCCUUCGGAUAUGCAGUGCCAGCAAUUCAGGCACUUCCGCUAUGAGGAAGUAGAAGGGCCCCGAGAGGCUUGCAGCCGACUGCACCAUCUUUGCCGCCUGUGGUUGAAGCCAGAAAGGUACAGCAAGAAGCAGAUGCUGGACCUGGUGAUCCUAGAGCAGUUCCUGGCUGUCCUGCCCCCGGAGGUAGAGAGCUGGGUCAGGGAAUGCAGACCGGAGACCAGUUCCCAGGCAGUGGCCCUGGCAGAAGGCUUCCUCCUGAGCCAGGCAGAUGCCAAGAAUCAGGUCCAGCAGGUGCUGGAAAACAUCACGCAGGAGCUUUACCAGGGAGCAGCUUUUCCGGGCGAGGACUUCAAACCAAUGGUGUAUUCCUUAUCAUCUCUUUCCAUCAGAGAGAAAGCAGAUUCUGUAUGGUCAGAUGGGGUGACCUUUGCGGAGGUGUCUGUUGAUUUUACUACGGAGGAGUGGGCUCUUCUGGAUCUGAACCAAAGAAGGCUUUACAGGGAAGUCACGGAGGACAAUUGUCAGACAGUGGCCUCUCUGGGAGGACUUCUAGUUUCCAGACCUGACUGUAUUUCCGUGCUGCAAGGAAAUGGAAAUCUAUCUUUCCAGGAAACAAGAGCAAGAGAGAGAUCACCAGAGGCCCAAGGUCCCCAUAAAAAGCCUGAGAAAGAGCCAGAACUGCUCCCAUUGGAAAGGGAAGAGCAGAGAAGAAACGAUGGAAGAUGGGAAAGGGGGAAUAAAUCUUCUCCUUCUCAAGUUGCUGAAACCCAGGAUAUCCUACCAUACAGUAUAAGGAUCACUUACCCCGUGUGUGGGGAAAAAAUCAUUUCUCAAUCUGUGUUUGAUAAGCAGUGGGAAAAAUGCAAAUGUGUGGACUGUGGAAAGACCUUUGACCAGUGUACAAACAUUAUUUCCCAUAGGAAAAUCCACACAGAAGAGAAUCCAUAUAAAUGCAUGGAGUGUGGAAAGAGGUUUGCUCAGAGUGGAAACCUUAAUAGCCAUCAACAUAUCCAUACACAGGAGAAACCGUAUAAAUGUGUGGACUGUGGAAAGAAGUUUACUAGGAGUUCAGCACUUACUGUCCAUCGACGUAUCCACACAGGGGAGAAACCAUAUGAAUGUGUGGACUGUGGAAAGAGCUUUAUUAAGAGAGCAGGCCUUACUAUCCAUCAGCGCAUCCACACAGGGGAGAAACCGUAUGGAUGUGGGGACUGUGGAAAGAGAUUUGCUCGGAACACAGAUCUUACUGUCCAUCGACGUAUUCAUACUGGGGAGAAACCAUAUAAAUGUGCAGAUUGUGGAAAGAGCUUUGCUACAAGUUCAGAACGUACUGCCCAUCAACGUAUCCAUACUGGGGAGAAACCAUAUAAAUGUGCACAUUGUGGAAAGAGCUUUAUUAAGAAAUCAGACCUUACUAUCCAUCAACGCAUCCACACAGGGGAGAAACCGUAUAAAUGUGUGGACUGUGGAAAGAGCUUUGUUAAGAGAGCAGGCCUUACUAUCCAUCAACGCAUCCACACACGGGAGAAACCGUAUGAAUGUGUGGACUGUGGAAAGAGCUUUGCUCAGUUUACAGAGCUUACUGUUCAUCGACGUAUCCAUACUGGGGAGAAACCAUAUAAAUGUACAGACUGUGAAAAGAGCUUUGCUCAGCGUGCACAGUUUACUGUUCAUCGACGUUUCCAUACUGGGGAGAAACCUUAUAAAUGUGCCGAUUGUGGAAAGAACUUUGCUGUUUGUUACAAACUUACUGCCCAUCGACGCAUCCACACAGGGGAAAAACCAUAUAAAUGUGCACACUGUGGAAAGAGUUUCUCGGUGAAUUCACAGCUUAGUGUUCAUUGGCGUGUCCAUACUGGGGAGAAACCAUAUAAAUGUACAGACUGUGAAAAGAGCUUUGCUCAUCAUGCACAGUUUACUGUUCAUCGACGUAUCCAUACUGGGGAGAAACCCUAUAAAUGUGUAGACUGUGGAAAGAGCUUUGUUACAAGUUCAAAACUUACUAUCCAUCAACGUGUCCACACAGGAAAGAAACCAUAUGAAUGUGGGGACUGUGGAAAGAGAUUUGCUCGGAAUACAGAUCUUACUGUCCAUCGACGUAUCCAUACUGGGGAGAAACCAUAUAAAUGUGCAGAUUGUGGAAAGAGCUUUGCUAAGAGUUCAGUACUUACUGGCCAUCAACGUAUCCAUACUGGGGAGAAACCAUAUAAAUGUGCAGAUUGUGGAAAGAGCUUUGUUAAGAGAGGAGACCUUACUAUCCAUCAACGCAUCCACACGGGAGAAACCGUAUAAAUGUGUGGACUGUGGAAAGAGCUUUGUUAAGAGAGCAGGCCUUACUAUCCAUCAAUGCAUCCACACAGGGGAGAAACAAUAUAAAUGUGCAGACUGUGGAAAGAGCUUCUCGCAGAAUUCACAGCUUGGUGUUCAUUGACGUAUCCAUACCGGAGAGAAACCCUAUAAAUGUGUGAACUGUGAAAGGAACUUUGCUCACAGUUCCAGUCUUACUAUCCAUCAAUCUAUUCAUACCAGAGAGAAACUCUAUAAAUGUGUAGACUGUAGAAAGAGUUUUGCUAAGAGUGUAUGCCUUACUGCCCAUUGACGCAUCCACAUAGGAAAGAAACCACAUGAAUAUGUGGACUGUGGAAAGAUCUUUGCUCAGAGUGGACGUCUUAAUAUCCAUCAACACAACCACACGGGGGAAACCAUAUAAAUGUGAGGACUAUGGAAACAGCUAUGCUCAGAGUAUAGACCUUACUGUCAAUCGAUGUAUUCAUCCUGUCAGGCUGGCCCCUGCCAUACUUUGGGAGAUUAGGGGUUCACUGUCAGGCUACAGACCUGAUCUCUGAUGCCAUGUUUUAAGAGUGCCAUAGAAGCUUGUGUAGUAAACCUGCCUGAGAAACCUUACACUAUUUUGUGAGACGCAGUCAGAAGGAAUGUGGUUAUCAGGUGUCCGUAGCGUUGCUAUGGAGGUGCGGCCAGCUGGUCAGAGAAAGACACAACAAGCCUGUUUACUUCUACUUUACCUGUUUUCACUGCAUAGAUGAGAAAUUAGAAAUUAGCACUUGGGUAUGGGGAAGGGAAGUAAAGUGGGUUGUGUUUGAAUGGUUUAAUGCUUAGUAGGGGAGGGGACAGGCAUUCUGGUCAAGAAAUGUCUAUGGAGCUGUAAUUGUUAAAGCUUUCGUUCAUGCGUCAUUAGACUCAUGCAGUAAACACAUACUGGGAAGUGUGUGGACAAGAGAAAGAACUUUUCUCAUGAUUCCAGACUUACUACCCAUUGGCACAUCCACACAGAGGAGAAACCAUAUAAAUGUGUGGACUGUGUAAAGAGCUUUGCUGAGAGUGGAGAACUUUACUGUCCAUCAAUGCAUCCACAAAGAGGAGAAACCAUAUGAAUGUGGACUGCGGAAAUAGCUUUGCUGACAGUGCACAGUUUACGGUCCAUCGACGUAUCCAUAUUGGGGACAACACUAUAAAUGUGUGAAGUGUGGAAACAGCUUUGUUCUGAGUAGACACUUAAUAUCCCUCACUGUAUUUGUAAGAUUUUGUCAAGUUACUCUCAAAGACUUCACAGCAUGAGUCCAGGAACUGCAUAAGUUAAAGCAUUUCAUUGUC